AUGCGAAAAAUUGAUAAAGCUCGGGGAGAUGUUUCUGAUGUGUCCGAUGAUUUAUCUACAUUAGCUUCAUGUUUUAGAAUGCUUUUGAAGAUGAUUUUAGUCAUUUACAAAAUUAUGAAUCUUUUUGUUUAUAAAGCUUUCAAAUUGGAAGAAGCUUUUUAUGAAGCAAUAAAUAAAUCAAAAAGUUUCCAAUAA